UCCGCCCACUAGUGUUUGAACGUACUACCACUGCUUCUAAUCUUCCGGAUUCGAUUAUUAUUAUUAUUAUUAUUGUUGUUUUGCUUUUGUGAAACUGACACGCGAACUCCUGGUGAUGUUGGUGUUGAGUGACCUGGCUUGACGGAACUUGCCACCUCUGGAUUCGUGACUGACUUAGCGGUGACGGUCAUUUGAGAUGACUUCUGUCGUUCCCGAUAAACGGAAACAAUGAGGAGCUUAUGUGAACUGAUGAAUUUGACUUCGUGGUGUUUGAGGAUGUUAUUGGAGUGAUUUAUGUGGGGGUGACAAUUUUCUAAUUUCGUGAAUAGUGUGCGUGUAAUAAAAAAAAAAAAAGAAAUAAAUAAAAAGAAAAAAAACAAAAGUGGUUCAGGGAGUGCCUCACGAUUGAAAUGGAUGGUGUACCAAAGAAGGAGAGAGAAGCAGUGCUAAUAUAUGGAUGCCCAUGGAUGGAAUUUGGCCGAAAUGUGCCAGCGUUAUCAUCACGCUGUACCGGGAGGAGCGGCGGCUCAAAAUUCCCCAGCUAGGGACCCUAUUCAGGGCCUCACCACUGCCUCCCAUCUCAAUCAGCCCAGCCCUUCUUAUUCACAUUAUACAAUGUUGGAUAAUUAUGAACGGGGAGAAGUAACACCACCACCGGUCAGUAGUUACGGAAGUACACCAGGACUUUUGGCACUUCAUUCCUCUCUAUAUGCAACACCAACGUCCCGUUCAUUUGACAUCGAUUCUAAUAUCGAUGGUAGCGAAGGAUCAAUGCCGAUCGACACUCAGAUUAUACCGAUUCCAGGCAUGCUGAGCGGUCCAGGACAACAGCGAUUGGACGAUAUGUCGUGGUUAGCGUCCGGCACGUCACUGGACUAUCAGCAAGGAAUUUCAUCAAUUCCAGCUGGUGUCAAAAUGUGCCAUCCUGGCAGUUCCGCUCAAAGGAGUUUGAAAGAACAACGUAUACGACGACCAAUGAAUGCUUUCAUGGUCUGGGCAAAGGUCGAGCGCAAAAAAUUGGCCGACGAGAAUCCCGAUCUUCACAAUGCCGAUCUCAGCAAAAUGCUUGGAAAGAAAUGGCGAGGACUGACGCCACAAGACAGAAGGCCCUAUGUGGAGGAGGCUGAGAGGUUGAGGGUGAUUCACAUGCAGGAGCAUCCAAACUACAAGUACAGACCGCGUCGGAGGAAACACGCAAAAAGGGCCCCUGGUGCCCCCUCUUCACCUCCGUCGGCGACAAACGCCCCUGGCAGUAGGAGCAAUCCUAACACCGCCGCCAUUCAUCAUUCCAUGUCAAAAAUGGAAAGUUAUCAAGGAAUGUCCCAAAUGGCUUGGGGUGGACAUUCACCGAUUUCUUCCCUCUAUCAUCCACAACAGCAACAGAGUUUAUCUGAAUUUAAAUCUGAGAAUAAUUCCAUUUAUGGAAGUCCUUACACGCCGAUUAUUCACACACCGGAUAUCACUCCUGUUGCAAGUCCUGAGCCUGAUGGAGAUGGACAUAUUUCAACGUCUCAAAAUCAGGAUCAGGAUCGUGAUAUGAUGGAAGGUACGUCGAAGCAACACAGUGAAAUUGCCGAACAAACGAAACGUUAUUCAUUUAUGAAUGAGAGUCAAAUGCAUCCCUCACACAGUGGAGUAAGCAUAUCAUCUUGUCCCAGUGCUGGAAGCUACACAGAUACACUGACAUAUAAAAAGGUGAGUUAUUUAAAUUUCGAGAGGCAAAGUUCAAGCAUAGCAGCCGUGGGAAUUGCAAAUGGGAUGAUGGUCUCCUGCAACAAAUUGAGAUCGGGAUUUGAAAAUGUUGGAUCGGUCACGGGGACUUUUUAUCCGCCCGUUGCUUCACCCCACGAUCAGUCUCUUCACUAUAGUAACGCUCCACCAUCAAAAUCCAAUUAUUCGAUGCAAUCUGGAGUUGAUAGCGGUUACAAUACAAUUCAGUGUAACAGGCCACCAAAUUUAAGUCUUCGUGUCAAUGAGGGAUGUUCUGCAGGCGUUUCACACAGAUAUCAACUUCAACAUCAUCAAGAUUAUCAGGAGAGUGGAUCGGCCCAACAACAACAACAGCAAGUCCCAAUGUCUCAUAUGGAAUCGAAUCUUCAUGACGACGGUGAGGAGCAAAGUUUACAAUUGGAAAAAUAUUUCAAAUACACACAACCAUCAACAGUUGGUCAUUCAAGUCUCACAACACAAAAUCUUCUCGACAGUAAUCAUAAUUAUGCGAGUGAUUUGCGUUAUUAUUCACCGCAACAGUCACAACAUCUUGAUUUAUCGAGUUCACAGUGUAUUAUUGAUGAACCAAAUAAAGACAAUCAAUGUUCAACUGUUUCUGACAUCACUCACAUGGAACAAUCAUAUCAUCAAGGCGUUGAUGUCACCAAGUAUCAAGAACAUCCACAGGCUCAUCAUCAGCAUCAACAACAUCCGCAGCAGCAGCAACAGCAACAACAAGUUCAAAAUAUGGAACAUGUCCCAAAAUCUGAUGAUGAUUUCAGUGUGAUUCUUGCGGAUGUACGAAAAACUUGUUACAGUAGUUAGUGAUUUUUUUACAUUUUUUUUAUUGGUAUAAAUCCUCCACAAACCAUAAAAUACGAUAAUCCCUUUUUUAUUUCGGAUUUUUUUGUUAAAAAUUUUAUUUUUUGCCAAUUGUUUUUUGAAUUUUUUUUUUUUUUUGAAAAUUCAGUUUGUAGUUAUUUUCUUUGAAAGAAUUUAUAUUUGACUAUUUAGUUUCUUGGUUUUAUCGACUGCUGAUAAAGAAGUAAUAUUCACUAUCAACUGUCGAUAUGGAAAUAUUAGAUUUUUAUUUUAAUAUUUUCUAUGUUAGUAAAUUUUAUUCUUUGACAAUGAAGAUUUUGCGACUAAACACUAAAAUUGCUGAAGAAUUUUUUUUACUUAUUUUACUUUAAUUGCAGUUGUUUUAUUCAAUCAAUUUAUAAAAUCGGACAAUGCAGUUUCUACUUUACCGACUGUUGAUAAAAUAGAAAUUCGUUAUCAACUGUCGAUUAAGUUAAUAAUUCGGUAAUAUUGAUGUUUUAGUAGGAGAAAGUAUAUUCGAUAUUAGUUUUUUACAUAACCGACUGCUGAUAAAGAAGGAAUCCUUAUUAUCAACUGUAGAUUCAGUUAACAAUAACACUGAUCCCCAAAAACCAAUUAAAAACUUAUUUUUUACCUUUGUUAAAAUGUUUUUGUUCAAAAGAUUGUAAAUCAGAAUUUUUUAGUAUUUUAGAAUUUAGCAACAAUAGGCUAUUAUUCAUUUUUACACAUGAGAAAGUAUUUUAGAUAUUAAAUUUUUCUACUUUACCUACUGUUGAUAAAGAAGAAAUCUUGAUUAUCGACGACUGAUUAAUUUACCUACAGUCGAUAAAGAAAUCUUGAUUACCGAUUAAUUUACCGACAGUUGAUAGAGAAAAAAACUUGAUUAUCGACGACCAAUUAAUUUACCGACUGUUGAUAAAGAAAAAAUCUUGAUUAUCAACAACCGAUUAAGUGAAAAAAUCAAUGUCGGUUUUACUACUUGUAACGUUUUUUAAUUUCUUUUUUCUUUUAUUAUAUUAAAAAUGGAGAAAACUUUGUUCUUACAUUGUCAAAAAGUAAAAUUUCAUGGAAAAAUUAUAUUUGCAAUAAUAUAAGCAAAAAAAAUUGAUUUUUUUUAUUCUGUUUAUCAAUCUUUUAAAGUUUUGAUUAAAAAUUUUAUUAUUUGAAAAUUUUGUAUAGUAUAUUUUAAUAGUUUUAGACAUUGAACGUCGUUUAUUUAGUGUAAAAAAAUAGAAAAAAAAUAUAGUACGAUUAAGUGCGGCAAGAAAGCCUUAAUUUUUUUUUUUAUGUUUCUUCCAAUUUAUUCCUACACACAUUAGAAUAAUGCGUUUAGGUCCAUCCAGCAGGCAUAUGUAGUUAAUAAUAAUUCAAAUGAUCUCGAUCGAUGGACUGACCUGCACAUUAUCUGCUCUUCGAUUAUUGAGCAGCGAAUCUCUAAAUCCAACAUUCUUGUUUGUUUUUUUUUUUACUAUUGUACAUAAUAUUAUUUAUACUUUAAAAAGUGAUACAAUUUAUAAUAAUUACAAUAUUACAAAAAAAAUAAUAAUGCAUAGAACUAAAUUAUUAGUUUAUUAUAAACAUUGUUUAAUAUAAUUGAAAAAGAAACAAAUGUUUUUCAAAAUUGUGAAUAAAUGAUUUAUUAUACAAAAAAAUAUGUUGAUAUAAUAAUUUCGAUAUUACCAUCGAAUAGUAUACAAAUAAUAGUAAUGGAAAAAAAAUUGUAUAAAAAAAUUUAUUAUAUUUUUUUUUAAGUAUGAUGAAAUAUAAAAUAAAUAAAAAUUUCAGCAAAAAAAAAAAUACGACUGAUUUUAUUGGGAUGAAGUUUUUUUUUUUGAGGACUUAGGUUGGAGAUAAAGGAAAAAAAACAAGUACAUUCACGUAUUUUUAUUAAAUACUUAUAAAAAAAUAUGUGUAUAUAUAAGUUACAUUGUAUGUAAAGCAUAAAUUAUAUUUUAUUACUACAGUACGAACUUGGAGUGACAAUAAAUAUGAGGGACUGACUCUCAUGUCUAGUA